CAGUGCUAAUGCAACAAAAACUGACUGCUGAGUAUAAGAAAGCGAUAGAAGCGUUUCUUUUAAUCAAACGUGAUUGAAAUAACUUUGUAUCAGUAACUUUAAUCUUUGGUUCAACAAAUACAUCGUAAUAUCCACGGGUUUAUAGUUAGCGAACACUUAGACCAUCGACAAAUACUUCCUGAUCGUCUGUUUCAAGUAGUAUCACAGGUAAGAUCAAAUGUCAAAGCUGGACACCUUGCGGGAGGAAAGAAUCAGUUCCGAGCUAAUGCUUCAGCUUCAUCUCAAGACACUGAGAAAAGCCCUCAGGCAGCAGCUGCUGGAAACAGAGAAGCGACAAAGUAAGGAGCUGGAGAAAAGGAUUUAUCAGAAUGCUCUACUAUCAGCAGAUGUAGACAAAAAGUCUGGUGGCGAAGAAGAACUAAACUAUAAGAUCAAAUUGGUCGGAAUGAGGACAUCCGCCGUUAUAUCUGCUCAUGUCUCACAAAAUGAGACCUCUCAUCAUCUCAAACAGAGGCCUCUAACAUCUUGUCCACCCUGGGUACCUUCAACAAAAUGGAAGCCCCUUCCUGUGAGAACUCAACUAUGUGAACGGUUUGCUUCAACUAAAACAACAGAGCUGACCAAAGAGGAGGAGGCAGAGGCUGAGUGUCAGAAGAAGUUCUGUGCCGUCCCUGUCCCCAGCCAUGUUAAUCAGCCCAUCUACCAGGAGAUGAUAGAGGUCAGAAAGAGGGAAAGGAAACAGGGCCAUGAGCAAAGGAAACUAUUCUUGAUUUCCAUUCAAAAACCUUUCAGCUUCCAUGAAAGAGAAAAAAAGAAACAGGAGAAGCCGAUGGCAACAUUAAACCAAGCCUCACAGAAUCCAAAAAUCAAUGUUCAUGUCAGAAAAGUUCCUCACAAAGACAUAAAGGACUCACCAGAGCUUAAAGCAACAACAGCACAACAGGAGAAUCCAGCUCAGACUGGGAGCACAAAACCUCGCACUGCCGAAUGCACCAGGAAAAAAAAAACUGGGAUUCCUGUUUGAGGAGCCAAGCUUCCAGCCAAAAGUCAGCCAUCAGGUCCCAAACUUCAGCAAGCUGCACAAGGCCUUGCAGACAGAGGCGCUAAGCAAAAUACAGAGCAAAGAUGGGACCAAAUG